AUGAUGCCAGAUGUAGCUCAUGCAGCAAUGGAAUCGUUAUUAGCUUUACAUGAAACACAAAAUAUUGAAUUAUGGAAUCCUAAAAUGUCAACCAAUACUUUUUGGUCUAUAUCAAGUGAAGUACCUUUUUCCAUAUCACAGAAAUUGAUUUUACAUCAAAUUUAUGAAUAUACAUCUGUAUUAAGAUGGUUGAGAGAAAUUCUUGUUUUACAUAAUGCAUAUUUUGGUUCAAGUUUAAUAUUUUUAUCAGCUGGUGGAAUAUUUAUUUGGUGGGAUAUAUUCCAAAUAACUGAUCAAAGAUUUGUUAUUCCAUUCUUCCUUUUUGUUGCUUGUGUAUUAUUAACUGCUGGUCUUUUUGAUUAUGGAACAUAG